AAAAUGGAUGAAGAAUAUGAUGCAAUUGUUCUUGGAACGGGACUUAAGGAGUGCAUCCUUUCUGGGAUGCUUUCUGUUUCCGGAAAGAAGGUCUUGCAUAUAGACCGAAAUAAUUACUAUGGUGCCGAAUCUGCUUCGUUGACCCCGUUGGACGAACUCUACCAGAAGUUUCGAGGUGCCACCGCCAAGGCUCCUGAAGAGAUGGGUAGAGGUCGCGAUUGGAAUGUUGACUUGAUUCCAAAGUUUCUUAUGGCAAAUGGACAAUUGGUUAAACUUCUUAUUCAUACUGGAGUUACUCGCUACUUAGAGUUUAAAUCGAUAGAGGGCUCUUAUGUCUACAAGGGAGGAAAGAUUUACAAGGUGCCUGCUGAUGAAAUGGAGGCUCUGUCUACAAGUCUUAUGGGAAUGUUUGAGAAACGACGCUUCAAAAAAUUUCUUGUAUGGGUGCAAGGGUUUGAUAAGAAUGACUCGAAGACGUGGGAAGGAAUGGAUCCAAAUAAUACUAUUAUGCAACAAGUUUACGAAAAGUUUGGUUUGGACGAUAAUACCGCUGAUUUUACUGGCCAUGCUUUGGCGCUUUAUCGUGAUGACAAUUACAAGUCUCAACCAUAUGAGCAAACUGUUGCACGUAUCCGUUUAUAUAGUGAUUCAUUGGCUCGUUAUGGGAAAUCUCCUUAUCUAUAUCCGCUUUAUGGUCUUGGAGAACUCCCUCAAGGCUUUGCUCGUCUCUCAAGUAUUUAUGGCGGAACUUAUAUGUUGGACAAACCUGUUGAUGAGAUUGUGUUUGAAGGGGGGAAAGCGAUAGGAGUUCGAAGUGGAAAUGAAGUGGCCAAAUGCAAACAAGUAUAUUGUGAUCCGUCAUAUGUCGACAGCACUCGAGUCAAGAAGGUUGGUCAGGUUGUCCGUGCAAUUUGUUUGUUGAAUCAUCCAAUUGCUAAUACUAAUGAUGCGGCUAGUUGUCAAAUUAUUAUUCCGCAAAAACAAGUUGGACGUCACUCCGAUAUUUAUAUAUCUUGCGUCUCAAACUCAAACCAAGUGGCACCUAAAACUUGGUACAUUGCUAAUGUCUCUACUACUGUUGAGACACAAACUCCUGAAGCUGAAAUCCAGCCAGCUUUGCAAUUGUUGGGCGCUAUUACCGAAAAGUUCGUAACGGUUUCUGACAUCUACGAACCAAUUGAUAUGGGUUAUAGCUCACAGGUGUUUAUCUCUCGAUCUUUUGAUGCUACGACUCACUUUGAGACUACUUGUUUGGAUGUGCUUGACAUUUUUAAGCGAGGCACUACAGAAGAAUUUGACUUUACAAAAAUUACACAUUUGAGCUUAGAGGACAACAAUGAGUAA